AUGGAGCAGUCGCCACCCGACUCGCUCCACGAGGAGCAUCCGGACAAGUCCAAGCCCAAGUCGCGGCGGCCAGCGAAUACCGCCUUCCGGCAGCAGCGCCUGAAAGCAUGGCAGCCCAUCCUCACCCCCAAGACCGUCAUCCCCCUCUUCUUCGCCAUCGGCAUCGUCAUGGCCCCCGUCGGCGGCGCCCUCCUCUACGCCAGCUCCAAGGUGCAGGAGAUCAUCAUCGACUACUCCGACUGCGUCGCCUCCGCCCCGACCUGUCCCACCAUGGGCCUCGUGCCCAGCGGCAAAGUGUCCGCUAGCUUCAAGAGUGCCACCCCGUCCGGCUCCGAGCCGCGCUGGUGCACCAACACCACCGACGUCCCCUAUGGCAUCAGCGGCAACUACAAGGUCCCCACCGACACCUGCCACCUGCAGUACUACAUCCCCGACACCCUGCACCCGCCCGUCCUCCUCUACUACCAGCUGGAAAACUUCUACCAGAACCACCGGCGCUACGUCAAGUCCUACGACCAGAACCAGCUGCAAGGCCACGCCGUCAGCGCCAGCGACAUCAAGUCCGGCGACUGCAGCCCGCUGCAGCUCGGCGAGGACGGCAAGCCCUACUACCCCUGCGGCCUCAUCGCCAACUCCCUCUUCAACGACACCUUCUUCUCCCCCGUCCAGCUCGACACCAUCGCCAGCAGCGACUCCCAGGCCGUCUACCAAAUGACCACCGACGGCAUCGCGUGGAGCAGCGACAAGGAUCUGUAUGGCAAGACGAAGUACAAUACCAGCCAGGUGGUGCCGCCGGUGAAUUGGCGCAAGAAGUACCCGCGCUAUGAUGAUACCGAGUUCCCGUUUCCCCCGCUGCACACGGAUGAGAGCUUCCAGGUGUGGAUGCGCACGGCGGGCUUGCCGCUGUUUAGCAAGCUGGCAUUGAGGAAUGACACGGCGCCUAUGCAGGUUGGGCAUUACAGCAUGACCAUUUACGACGACUUCCCCGUCACCAUCUACGACGGCAAAAAGUCCGUCCUCAUCUCCACCCGCACCGUGAUAGGAGGUAAGAACCCCUUCCUCGGCAUCGCCUACUUGGUCGUCGGAGGCCUAUGUCUCAUUCUCGGUGCCGUGUUCACCGUCGUUCAACUCGUGAGGCCCAGAAAACUCGGCGACCACUCCUACCUGACUUGGAACACCGACACACCCUCCACGGCAACCACAACCGGCCGCUCCCUCCGGCCAGGCGAGUCCGGCGCUUGA